AUGGACCGCAUGCGAAGAGAGGAACCGUCGACCGUUGAGAAGACACAAACGGACCACAUAGUCCCGGAUACUGAUCGAGGCUUGGAGGAAAGUAGCUUCAGAAGUAUCGAUGAUCUCGUGAACUCGAUCGAUCCUCCUUUCGACGCUGAAUCUUGCGAUUUCGACCGUACUCUGUCGACUGACCAGACUCAACCCUUCCCUGGUGACCCGGCGACUCCUGUCCCCGACUCGGCUGCCGUCGGCCUGGAAGUUGACACCGUCUGUGAGACGUCGACGUCCGGCAUGUUUCCUCUCGAUGGACCGGCUGCCUUCGCGGAGACCGAUAAACUGUCGUUUCUGGCCGACAUCGUCAACACCAAUCCGGACCGACAUGGCAUCUCUGUGCCACUUGAGCAAGCCUAUGCGAACUUGACCGAGGACCGGCUGAAGAGGGCCGAGGCGGAGAUGCGGGAGACAAGGACAACGUCGGACCCCGACAUAUCGGUCUUGCUUCGCGAGCUGUCGAUCUUUGGCUAUGCACAGCCGCUCUCGAACGAAUCCCGUUUACUUAUGCGGAGGAAGAUACAAGCUCUAGACAUCCGCGCCGGUAUGCCUGCAAUCUGGAUUACUAUCAGUCCUAACGACAUUAAUAAUCCGGUAAAGAUGAAGCUUGCCAUUCAUAGGCUCCACGAUUAUGAGUCUGCAAAGGAACUUUUGGCCGAUCUCCAUGAAAAGUACGACAGAAUCGCCCUCAGCACCAUGGAUCCAGUUAGCUCGGCCAUCUUCUUCCAUCGGGAAGUAUCCUUAUUCUUUGAAAAGUACGUCAAUGCGGGCCAGGAGUCGGUAUUCGGGAAGAUUAGCCACUACUACGCCACGGUGGAAACGAACGAGCGAGGCAGCCUCCACUUGCAUGGACUUCUCUGGCUGGACGGCAACAUGCGGUUACCGAACCUGAUAGGCGACAUGGCCAAUCCCGCGGAAGAAGCAUAUCGUGCCCAGGUGAUCCGAUACGUAGACUCCGUCUUUCAUGAGUGUCUAGAUGAAGAUGCCGGGAAAGCCGUGCGACAGGAGAGGAAGCCCAUCCACCCCGUGGAGGAGGUCAUGGCUAGCACCUCGGCUCUCACUGCGGCCUUCGACGACGAAUCCAACUUCAUCGCGUACUGUUGCCAAGUGCACUCCCACACGUACACCUGCCUCAAGUAUUCUCUCAAGGGGAUCGUCGAACAGGGUACAGAUCCACAGAGACGGACAGCCUGCCGCUUCAAAGCACCUUGGAAAAUCGUCGACGAGACGGGGUUCACAGAGGACGGCCUGCUUCAGAUCCGGCGCAACCACCCACUCGUCAAUCGGUAUAACAAGUCAUUGGCGGUCGGCCUUCGCCAUAAUCACGACGUCUCGAUGAUCUUGACCAAAACCAAGGGCCUGGCCAUGGUGUACUACAUCACGAACUACGCCACCAAACUGGAAACGCCGAUGUGGAAACGCAUUGCUCUUGCCGCCGAGGUUGCCCGCCAACUUCGCGAAGCCGGUGGUACGAGGCUUCGCACGCCAGGUCCCACCCUGCCCGACGACAGGCAGCAGGUAGUUUUGAAUGAAAGCCGUCAGUUCCUGAUGAGAACGGCAAAUCGGAUCUUCUCCGAGCGACAACUCUCGGCUGUGGAGGUCUGUUACCAUCUACUUGGAUAUGACACCGACUUUACCAACGUGCCGCAUUGGUCUUUCCUGAACCUGACGGCGCUCUACUGGACAAUCUUUCGGCUAUGGGCGCAUCUCCGCCAUCAGGCCGGCGAGCUCACGGACGCCGAACAGCCCCGGAGACCAUCCUCUGAGGCAAGGAGGGCGAACCUUCUAUGCCUAGAUGUGUACGCCUACCGCGGUCAUGUUCUACAAGACUUAUGCCUGUAUGACUACAUGUCAAUGGUUCACUUGGGCUCCGACCGUGACGGCUGGAUGCAAAAGCUUCGACGGCCCGACCAGUACGCCGUCCCGAUCUUCCAAGGAUACAUCAGCGACGACCAUGAGGACGAUCACCCAGUGUAUGUUAAGCGAAAUUCUGUCCUACAUUUGGCGUUAUUCGUCCCUUGGGAAAACUUCAUUUCUGAGAGCCAAGGCGAUAUAACCAGCAUAUGGACGAGGCAUCGAGCGGGGCUUUGUCCUCGCCUCCGUUUCCAUGUUCCAAUAUUUGUCUUUUGA